UCCUGUCUGCGUGUCCCCCGCAGUCUCGCUUGUCCCUGAAAUGAAGCCCUAAACACACGGGGCGGCCGCGGUUGGGGCCGCAGCGCUGCUGUGGACGUGCUGCUGCGCGCGGUCCCAACGGGCUGCCGGGGUCCUUUGCAGAUGCCGGAGGAAACCCAGACCCACGACCAACCGAUGGAGGAGGAGGAAGUGGAGACGUUCGCCUUCCAGGCAGAAAUUGCCCAGUUGAUGUCACUGAUCAUCAACACUUUCUACUCGAAUAAGGAGAUCUUCCUGAGGGAGCUUAUUUCAAACUCAUCCGAUGCUCUGGACAAGAUCAGAUACGAAAGCUUGACAGAUCCCAGUAAACUAGACUCUGGGAAAGAGCUGCACAUCAAUCUCAUUCCCAACAAGCAAGACCGAACCCUCACUAUUGUGGAUACCGGAAUCGGAAUGACCAAGGCCGAUUUGAUCAAUAACCUGGGUACCAUCGCCAAGUCCGGGACCAAAGCGUUCAUGGAAGCCUUGCAGGCUGGUGCAGAUAUCUCCAUGAUUGGCCAGUUUGGUGUCGGGUUCUAUUCAGCCUAUCUGGUUGCUGAGAAAGUGACUGUGAUCACCAAACACAACGAUGAUGAGCAGUAUGCCUGGGAGUCCUCUGCAGGAGGAUCCUUCACCGUUAGGACUGACGUAGGGGAACCCAUGGGGCGUGGAACAAAGGUUAUUCUGCACCUGAAAGAGGACCAGACGGAGUACUUGGAGGAGAGAAGGAUCAAAGAGAUCGUGAAGAAACACUCUCAAUUUAUUGGCUACCCCAUUACUCUCUUUGUGGAGAAGGAACGUGAUAAAGAAGUCAGUGAUGAUGAGGCCGAAGAAAAGGAAGAGAAAGAGGAAGAGAAGGAAAAAGAAGAAAAGGAGUCCGAAGACAAGCCUGAAAUCGAAGAUGUUGGUUCUGACGAAGAGGAAGAAGAAAAGAAGGAUGGUGACAAGAAGAAGAAAAAGAAGAUCAAGGAGAAGUACAUUGAUCAAGAAGAACUGAACAAAACAAAGCCAAUUUGGACCAGAAAUCCUGAUGACAUUACUAAUGAAGAAUAUGGGGAAUUCUACAAGAGCCUGACCAAUGACUGGGAGGAUCACUUGGCAGUGAAGCAUUUUUCAGUUGAAGGACAGUUGGAAUUCAGAGCCCUUCUUUUUGUCCCAAGACGUGCUCCGUUUGACCUGUUUGAAAACAGAAAGAAAAAGAACAACAUUAAGUUGUAUGUUCGCAGAGUUUUCAUCAUGGAUAACUGUGAGGAGCUGAUCCCUGAAUACCUGAACUUCAUUAGAGGUGUGGUGGACUCUGAGGAUCUCCCUCUAAAUAUUUCCCGGGAGAUGUUGCAACAAAGCAAAAUUUUGAAAGUGAUCAGAAAGAAUUUGGUCAAAAAAUGCUUAGAACUCUUCACUGAACUGGCAGAAGAUAAGGAGAACUACAAAAAGUUUUAUGAGCAGUUCUCUAAAAAUAUUAAGCUUGGAAUUCAUGAAGAUUCUCAAAACCGGAAGAAGCUCUCUGAGCUCUUAAGAUACUACACAUCUGCUUCUGGUGAUGAGAUGGUCUCCCUCAAGGACUACUGCACAAGAAUGAAGGAGAACCAGAAGCACAUCUACUACAUCACAGGGGAGACCAAGGACCAGGUCGCUAACUCAGCCUUCGUGGAGCGUCUUCGGAAGCACGGCCUAGAAGUGAUCUAUAUGAUCGAGCCUAUUGAUGAGUACUGUGUGCAGCAGCUGAAGGAGUUUGAGGGGAAGACCUUAGUGUCAGUCACCAAAGAGGGCUUGGAACUUCCAGAAGAUGAAGAAGAGAAAAAGAAGCAGGAAGAGAAAAAAACCAAGUUUGAAAACCUGUGCAAAAUCAUGAAAGACAUCUUGGAGAAAAAAGUAGAAAAGGUGGUCGUAUCAAACCGAUUGGUGACAUCCCCAUGCUGCAUUGUCACAAGCACAUAUGGCUGGACAGCAAACAUGGAGAGAAUCAUGAAGGCUCAGGCCCUGAGAGACAACUCAACAAUGGGUUACAUGGCAGCAAAGAAACACCUGGAGAUAAACCCAGACCAUUCCAUCAUCGAGACCUUAAGGCAGAAGGCGGAGGCAGACAAGAAUGACAAGUCUGUGAAGGAUCUGGUCAUCCUGCUCUAUGAGACCGCACUCCUGUCCUCUGGCUUCAGUCUGGAAGACCCCCAGACACACGCUAACAGGAUCUACAGGAUGAUCAAACUUGGUCUUGGUAUCGAUGAAGAUGACCCCACUGCUGACGAGAGCACUGCUGCUGUGACCGAAGAGAUGCCGCCCCUGGAAGGAGACGAUGACACCUCCCGCAUGGAGGAAGUAGACUAAGCUCCCCUGCAGGACACCUGCACACGUGUUCAGUUCUUUACCUUCAUUCCCUUGGAUAAUAUAUUUUCAAGGACUUUUUUCUUUAUUUUUGUUAACAUUUUAAAAAUAUGUAUGGCAUGGCAACUACUUAAAGGGAAGACCGGGUUCCUUUCCCCUCUACGUGUGAGACUGUGAUACUUCAGGCACUGAAGCCGGGCUUGUUUUCUUUCCUAGUUCCAUGUUGGCCUGUUAACAGAAUGGGUUUAUCUUUGUUGUAAGAUACGUGUAGCCUAAUGUUCAUUAGCUUUGUGGUCUGAAGUGUUUCUCUCAAGCAGGUUCCUAAGUAGACCAAAUCUUUGUUGCUCAAGUGUUCUGAGAUGCGUGGUUAAAACAACCUUCAUCCCCUAAGAUCUACUUUUUCAGCCUGACAUCCCCUGUAGUUAACUGCAUGUACUAGUACGGCCUCUAGAAGUUAGUAUGCUAAGCUGACCAACAGGAUGGUAGUAACUGUCCAUAGGGUUUGUCUCUAAAGGAUUGUGUAGCAUAGCAGAAAUAUAAGCUACCUAGGCAUAUGUUGUAAAGCCGUUUGAAAGUAACUCAGAGCAAGUUUUGUGAAUAGAAGUGCAGUGCUCUCGUCACAUUCUGCUUUAAAAGGUUAUGGCAAAUACAAAUUAAAAAGAAAAGUUA